AUGGCGUCGCGGCGCGGUGUCCCGGCGGGGACGCCGCGACACUUCGCGACGAUGUCGGCGCGCGACGCCGAGACGCGCGCGCCCGCGACGGCGCGAGGCGGAACCGCGGUGCCGGCGCACGUGUUGGAGGCCAUCUACGGGACGACGACGACGACGACGACGACGACGACGACGACGACGAAGACGACGGUGGUUGAGACGGCGACGAAAGCGGCGCGGUACGACGAGAGUUUGAAGACGUGGUGGCGCACGUACAGCGAACGGAAGAACGAUGAGGAGGAGGAACACGUGGCGGAUAGUUUGCUGUACGAUUACAGACAUCUGCCGAGGACGACGCCGGCGCCGAACUUUCGAGAGGAUCGAUUGGCGCCGACGUCGACGAAGGAGACAAAGGAGACAAAGGAGACAAAGUGA